GCAGGAGGCCAGAGGCCAGCGCCAGCGGCAUACCACAACGAUCGUUCCCUGCCAAGACCUUGCACCAACCUGCAGGCUCGGGCGGGGCCAGGCACCCGCAAAGAUGGCGAGUUCCUCUCAGCAGGCCCCUGGGCUGACUGCCCUGGAGCGGCAGCGCCUGCUCCUGCGCAGCUCGCUGAAGAUGGCCGUCAUGUGCGACAACCCGCGGCCGUGCCGCUACGGCGACCGCUGCAUGUUUGCGCACAGCGUGGAGGAGGUGCGCGUGCUGCGCGCCACCCGGGAGGCGGAGCGGCCCAAGGAGGGCGAGGCUGUGGCCACCCCCGGCCGCUCGCAGGAGUUUGCACCCUCCUCCGCAGGGGUGCCCCGCCCCGCCGCCUUUGCCUCCUCAGCCACCUUCACCUACACCCCGGCCCGGCUCCAGGGGAAGCGGGACUGGGACAGCGGCGGCAGCCGCGGCUACUGCCACCCCUCCAAGUACAAGACCGCAAUCUGCGCCCACUGGGAGCGCUUCGGGGACUGCAGGCACGGCGCCACCUGCAACUUUGCCCACGGCGAGGCGGAGAUCAGGCGCUACACCGCCGGCCAGUCGUCCUACCGCGCACGCCACCACUACGUCGGCGGCCAGGCGGCGGGCCGCAGCUGCAGCGGCGCCAACGGGGGCCUCAGCGGGUACACAAGCGAGGCGGAGGCUGAGGGGCAGGAGGAUUCCUGCCCGCCGCUCAUGGCCGCGGCCUACCCUCAGGAGUAUGCGCUGCAGCGGAGCCGCAACGCGCAGCGGCACACGGACGAGCUGCAGCGCAGGCUGUCGGCGGCUGCCGCGGCGGCGCAGGGCGCGGGCGCGGCGGCGCAGGGCGCGCCGCCGCCCGGCGCGCCGCCGCCGCAGCUGGAGGACUCGGAGCAGUUCCCGGCACUGGGGCGCGGGGCCGGCGGGGCCGGCGCGGCCGCGGCCGCGCCUGCGGCGCCCGCCGCGCCGCAGCACAGCCGCCAGGCCAGCCAGACGGGCAGCGAGGAGCCGGCGGCCGGGCUCAGCAAGCGCAUGAGCCAGGAAUGGGAGGGCAGCUCCACCACCUCCUCCGCCCCCACCACCGUCUGCAUCGGCGAGCCGGGGCUGCAGCGGGCGCCCAGCAGCAGCGGCGCCAGCCGUGCGGGCAGCGUGCACAGCGUGGGCGCCGAGUCCGAGGAUGGCGACGCCGGACACGGCGCGCACGCCGCGCCACCCAGCGCGCCGCCCAGCUGCGCCGGCAGCCCCGCCAAGCGGGCGAUGGCGGCGCGGGCGCCUGCGCCCGCGCGGGGCGAGGCGGCUGCCGCGCCGGCACCGGCGCCGGAUGCCCCGCUGGAGAAGGCUGGCAGCUGGGCCGACAUGGACGAGGAGGAGGAGUUUGAGGAGGGGCAGCAGCAGGCGCAGCAGCCGGAGCAGGAGGAGGCUGCUGAGCAGCAGGAGGAGGCGGAGGUGGAGGAGCGGCGGCAGGAGGCUGCGGCGGAGCCGGUAGUUGUCGCCGCCGCCAAGCCCGCCGCAGCGGCUUCCAAGCCCAUCCUGGUGCCGACGGUCGUGUUUGUGGAUGCAGCCGCCUCGCCUCCCGCGCCCGCCACGCUGUGCCCGCUGGAAGUGAUGCACGUGGCGGCGCCGCCCGCCGCGCCUGCCCGCCCAGCGCCCCACCCGGCGGCUGCGCAGGCCGCGCCAGCCCCCAUCCCGGUGCCCGUGCCAGCCCACUCUGCUCCGGCCUUGGGCGUGCCGGCACCCAAUGCAGUGAUGCCCCUGCCGCCGCCUGGCUUUGGCAGGGCGCCGCCGCCGCCACCGCGCCACGCAGCCUACCAGCCUGCCAUGCCUGCGGCGGCAGGCGGCGGGGCUCCCCCGGCGCCGCAGCACGCCACCCCGCCCGCCCAGGCAGCCUUCAUGCAGCGCAUGGCGGCUGCCGCCGGCGGCGUGGACCUGUCGCUUGUGCCCGCAUUCAUGUGCCCCCUGACAGGCCGCCCCUUCACCCAUCCAGUUGUGGCAGCUGACGGCAUCACUUAUGAGAAGGAAGUGAUCACAGACUGGCUGCAGAACAAGGAGGUGUCCCCCAUCACCGGCAAGCAGCUGUCGCACCGCCUGCUGCUGCCCAAUGACUGCGUGCGGGCCGCCAUGGGCCAGGUGGCGGAGCUGAUCCGCGCCAUGGUCAGCUGA